AACUUGAGUGGGAAGUUUCCCAAUUUUUGCCUCUGGUAAUUCUAUAAGUCGCAUCAUGCCAGCUGCUGCUCUCGUUUUCUUUCACUCUCUACUAAAAUCCCACUCUACUCCUCACUGUUUACACUGCUUUCUCUCUCUUUAAUGACCUCAUAUAGUCAUCAUUCCUUCAACAGUUCCACUCCUCCUCGCAUUCCCCAUUCUCUCGCUUUACUCUUCUUCAUUUCUUGACAAAAACAAUUACCUGAAUUUGUCCCCUUUUCCCAACGCAAAAAGAACCAAAAACCAAGUAACUGGAAAGGAGCAGAAGAAGAAGAAGAAAAGACAACACAAAUAAUGUCUGAUUAUUCCUUCUUAAACGAUCGGCUCUCAAAACGCACAUCAAUUUUUGGUUUGCGUUUAUGGGUUGUCCUUGGAAUCUGCGUUGGAGCUGCUAUAGUCAUUGUUCUCUUCCUUAUCUCCCUUUGGUUCACUUCUAAACGCCAAAACAAAGCCACCAGCAGCAACAACAACAACGCUAAGUCCACUCAUAACUCUACUAUCCCCAGUGUUUCUAAAGAGAUUCAGGAAAUCCGGGUCGACCCUUCUCGUCAUUCUAAUCCGGACAGUAAGCUUCACCAAACUCCCAACCCGGACCCACUUCCAGAAUCCGAGCCUGUCUUGGUACUUCACUCGGAAGAAGACAGCAGCCCUGUUUCUGGGCGCAACAGAAUUCACAUUGAGAUAGGGAAGGAUCGUCGGAUUGCGUAUCCGGAGCGUGGGGCCGGGUCGGAUCAUGGGUCGGGCGAGGUCCGGUCUGGUGAUCAGCGUAUGGCGGUCACGGAAGUUUCUCACUUGGGGUGGGGACAUUGGUAUACUUUGAGAGAGCUUGAGGAGUCUACUAAUGGAUUUGCUGCAGAGAAUGUGAUUGGUGAAGGUGGUUAUGGAAUUGUUUAUCGUGGCGUUUUGGAAGAUAAUACUAAGGUUGCUGUCAAGAAUCUGCUAAAUAACAGGGGUCAGGCGGAAAAGGAGUUUAAGGUUGAAGUGGAAGCAAUUGGACGCGUGCGUCAUAAGAAUUUGGUGAGGUUACUUGGUUAUUGUGCGGAAGGAGCUCAGAGGAUGCUUGUUUAUGAGUACGUUGACAAUGGGAAUUUAGAACAAUGGCUUCAUGGAGAUGUUGGGCCUUGCAGUCCUCUUACAUGGGAGAUCCGUAUGAACAUAGUGCUUGGAACUGCAAAAGGAUUGACAUAUCUGCAUGAGGGACUUGAGCCUAAGGUUGUUCAUCGAGAUAUCAAGUCAAGCAACAUUUUGCUUGAUAAGCAGUGGACUCCAAGAGUAUCUGACUUUGGCCUCGCAAAGCUCUUGGGCUCGGAAAGGAGUUAUGUUACAACUCGUGUAAUGGGAACGUUUGGAUAUGUGGCUCCAGAAUAUGCUAGCACUGGCAUGUUAAAUGAGAGAAGUGAUGUAUACAGCUUUGGCAUUCUUCUUAUGGAAAUAAUUUCUGGAAGAAAUCCAGUGGAUUACAGCCGUCCUCAAGGAGAGGUAAAUCUGGUCGAGUGGCUCAAAACAAUGGUUACUAACCGGAAUGCAGAGGGUGUUUUGGAUCCAAGGUUACCAGAAAAGCCCUCUUCAAGAGCACUGAAGCGAGCACUUUUAGUCGCUUUACGCUGUGUAGACCCAAAUGCUCAGAAAAGGCCAAAGAUGGGGCAUGUGAUUCAUAUGCUUGAAGCUGAUGAGUUUCCAUUUAGAGAUGACCGCAGAGCCGGUCGGGAAAGCAUUCGCAUGCCACAAGAUGGUGCGAGGGAUAGAUUGACAGACAAACGUGUAAAUGAAUCAGGUGACAGUAGUGGGUAUGAGAGUGGUGCCCAAGCCAAUAGAUCACUAUGGAGAAAACAAGAAUCGGAGGAGCAAUAGCUUUGAAAACUCAGGUUAAGGUGAAAUGACACAUCUUGUUUAGCUAAUUAUCACUUUCAUUGAGAGCCAGCUGAGGCAAACACCACUUCCACCCUGUGUAUAUGCAAAAUUCAUGUUGUCUUGAAAUGCAAUUUUUUUUUCUUGUGUAGAUUAUGUAGCAUUUUAUGCCAAGCUCAGUAUGCCAUUGGCUAUAAUAUAGAUGCGUGUAAUUCUGUUUCUUCCUA